AUGUAAAACCUUGACAUUUUUGGAAGUUAAAUUCUUUUUUGUUUCUAAAAUUCGAAAAAGUAUCAAACAAGAAUAGGAGGAUUCAUAACAUUAGGAAUAAUAGCAAUCAUAAUAAUAAGACUUUUUAUUAUAUGGUUGGAGGUUUAUAAUAGAGCUAAUCCAAAUGUUAUUUAAAAAGAGAGAUAGGUUUACUCUCCUGAAAAAUUUGUUUUCGAUAAAACAAAUACUCAAUUUGCCUUUGGAAUGUAAGAUCCUGUCCAAUAUAAUUAAUUUAUUGAUCCAUAGAUUUAUACUGUUUCAGUAACUUAAUACACAUAAACAACUGUGAAUGAUCCUAAAACAGGUUUACCAACUUCAAAUUACACUCAAAGGUAAUUAAAAGUUGGAAUAUGCAACUAAAAAAACUUUUAAAAUCCUAGCACUCAGAAGAAAUUUCAAAGCAUAGAUUAUUAAAAUCUUUAUUGUAUAGAUCCUGAUGAAUAAAUAGUCUUAGAAGGUGAUUACGGUUAGUAGUCUUUUAAUUAUGCUGUAAUAACUGUAAGUUAAUGUGUUUCUGGAUGUAAAAGUAAUGAUAUACUUGAUUAAUAUCUAAAAAGUGGGUUUUUUUCUUUGUAUUACACAGAUAUUACAGUUGAUCCUGUAAUCAAAGAUAACCCUUUUGUGUUUUUCAAUCGUGAUUUAUAUUGGACAACUUCAAAUAAGUCUCCCUAAGUUUUAAAUAUGUAUUUCAGAAAUGAUUAUGUAGAAAGCGAUUUUGGAUGGAUUACUUCAGAUAUAUAGACAGUUAGAUAUCCACAAUACUCAACUUAAGAUAUAAGUUCUAUCUAAUCGAGUGAUUUUUUCUUUCAAGUUGUUAUUAGGUUUGAAAAGUCAAAAGAAAAUUUAUUUUAAAGAAAAUAUUAGACAAUAAGCGAUAUCAUUUCUCAGAUAGGUGGAUUUGCUUAGACUUUGAUAGCAUUUGGUUUUCUUUUAUGUUCUUAUUUUUCAGAGAUAAGCCUUAAUAAUUCUAUUAUUAAUGAAGCAUUUAAUUUUAGAAAUUAAAAUCAAAAAAAGGACUAAUCAAAUUAAAAUGAUACUUAAAAAUUGAAUAAUGAUUAAUUGUUUGAUCCUAACAAUAAUCAAUAAAUUGUAAAUUAGAACUCUAACAAAUUUGAGUUAAAAAAUUAAGUACUUUUUUCUGUGGACAAACUAAUGAGUGAUAAUUAAGAUUCUAAAUUAAUUCAAGCGAAUUUAUAAUAAGAAAAUGUAUUCUAAGGAAAUUAAACAAAAGAAGUAGAUGAAAAAAGUAAUAAAAAUAAAAAACCAUUUUAAUUAAAAAAGUAGUAUACUUAAAAUUAAAUUAAGCUAAGUCAAAUUGUUUAGAGGAAAACUAAAAAGUAAAAUAAUUUAGAUGCGUCAAAUAAUAAAGGAAAUAAUAUAAAAUAACCUGAAAAUAUCUCUAAAAAUAAGGAUAAUAUAGAUGCUACCAAAUUUGAUUAAGAAGUAAAAAAAAUGUUAAAUGAAGAAACAAAUUGUAUGUAAAUCAGCUUUUUCGAAUACCUAAAACUGCAUCUAUGGCCUUUUAACAAAGAGAUAAGAAAUAAAAAGAAAAUAAUUGAUUAUAGUGUAAAUAAGCUUUAUCAUCACAUCGAUUUACUUAAUGUUAUCAAAAAAUUGAUUGAAGUAGAUAAAUUAAAACGAAUUCUGAUGGAUGAUGAUUAAAUAAAACUGUUUGAGUAUUUACCAAAACCAACAAUCUCAGAUUAAGAAGUAUUGAACGAAAAGUUACAGAAUGAUAAAUAGGAUGAAAAUAACUUUAAAGAUAUAUUUUAUUAAGAUACAAGAUCAGAAUCUCAGAAGCUUUAAGAUGCAUAUGAGGCAUACAUUAAAAUAUCUAAAAAAAAGAGCCUAAAUAUAAUAGAUUAAAAGAUAAUGUUGAAUAUUGACUAAAAUCUAGUCAACAUCUUUAAGAUUGCUUAAGAAAAUAAUCUUUAAGGAUAAGAGGAAAAUUUGAAAAUUUUUAAUUAAAAUAGUUGUGCUUAAAACAAAUCAAUUAGUGAUACAAAUUAAAUGGUAAAUCAAACACCUAUGUUGCAGUCAUAUGGAGAAAUUAAUAAUAAUCAAUCCAAAAUCGAGCAAUAAAAACGAAAUGAAAAAUUGGUUACUCAAAAAUAACUUCUAGGCUCUCACGCCAAUUCUUAAUAAGAAAUAGAAUCAGAAUUUUAGAUUCCUGAAGAUAAUGAAAGUUAAAAUAAGCAUGAUUUAAAUUUAAAUCCUAUGUAUUUUAGUAAUUCUAAAGCCUAAUUUAAUAAUAAUAAUAAAAAAUGA